AUGCUAAAUACAAAUUCAAAUUAAUUUGUUCAUUCCAAAUUAAUAUACGCAUGUGCUAUAUCUCCAAAAAGUACUAUUGAUAAUCAGAAAAUUAUAUUAGGAACUAUUGGUCCUGGUGGAUAAUCAAUUAUUUGUAAAUUUCUAAUUCAUAUAUAUUUUAUUAGAAUUGUAAUCUGCAUAAGAAGGAUAUAAAACUAAGGCAUAUCAUUUACAUAAUGUGUUUAGUGCGAAAUUAUUAUUUCUAAAUUAAAAUGAACUAAAUGAAAGAUUUAUUUCAGCUGGUGAAAAACUUUAAAUAUUCAAAUCAGAAGACUAAAAAAUUAGUCAUAUUUGUGACUUAAUCCCUUUAAGUAAAGAAUAUGUUGGUCCUACUUUUGCUUUAGAUAUCCAUUAAGAUUAGCAAAAUAGAUUAAGUAAUAAAAAAUUAUACAUUUUAGUCUCUGGUUCUUUAGAUCCAACAAUUAGAAUUUGGGAUCUUGAAAAAAGAAAGUGUUAAUAUUAAUUUAUUGCUUAUGAUCUUUCUAAAGAUCCAGAAUAAUAUACAUUAGAUUUAAAUAUUGCAUAAGAUUUUAAUAUCUUUGCAUUCCUCAAUAAUCAUAAUUAAAUUGGAGUCUAUGACAUCAGAUCUAAAAUGGGUAUACAUAGAAUAAAAGGCAAAUUAUAAUAUAAUUAACUCAUAUGGAAUAAAAAAUAAGAUAACAUUUUAAUUGCUAUAGAUUAUGAAGCUGGUCUUAUAGAUUUUUAUGAUACACGAGAUUUUAAAAAUAAAUAUAAAAGAAUUAGAACUGAUCAUAGAUAAAUUGUUAAAGCCGAGUGGUUUCAAGAAAGAAAGUAAAUCUUUAUCAUAAUCUAUCCUAGUUCACUUAUUACCGCAGGUUUAGAUAGAUAAAUCAUUCUAUAUGAAGGUGAUAAAUAUCUUGAACCUUCUUUUGGAUUAACUAAAAAUUAUGAUAUUGACAAUUUCUGUUGUCAAAAUAAUCUUUUUGGAGUAGUUUCUGAAUAUACUUUCGAAGUUUUUAGUUUUGAAACAUAAUGUAUUUUUUAUUAAAAAUUAUUUAUGAUCAAAAAAUUCAUUCUUAAUUGUUCUCCUCUCAAUCGUUUCUUAUUUAGCAAUACUUUAAACAAUGUAAGUAAAACCUUAUUUUUGAUAAAUUAAAGAUUAAGUGAAUUAAAUAAUGAAUAUGAAAUGUAUUAAGAAAAUACAAUCAAGUAAUUCAAUUUCAUUAAUAUUUAAGAGGAGAGAUGACUGAAAUUAAAAGAAGAAGAAUGAAUGAACUAUAACCUAAAAUACACAUCUAUAAAUAAAUUUAAGCAAGUGUUUCUGUUAUUGAUGAUGCUAAAUAAUUAAUUUAAAUGGGAGCAUCAUCAGACGAAAUAUAAAUGUUAAAUGAAGAAAUUUAAGUAUUUAAAAUAUAUUUAAUUAGACAUAAAUUGAAUAUUUAAAAAAAUAUUAAGAUGAAGCUCUUUCAUAAUUAAUAGAAGAAGAUGAAUAUGAUCAUAUUAGAUAACUUAAUGUUGAAGUAAGAGCAGGAGUUGGAGGUAGUGAAGGUUCUUUAUUUGCUGAAGAUAUUAUUGGAAUGAUAUAGAACUAUGCUGGUUUAUAAAAUUGGGAUUGCAGAGUAAUUAUAUAUAUUAAAUAUUUAAAAGGUAAUAUCAAUAUAAAAAGAUACUUAAAUUGGUAAAGGAUGUAAGACAGGUAUUCUUUAAAUAACUGGAGAUAAUGUGUAUUAAUAAUUAAAAUGUGAAUCUGGAGUACAUAAAGUAAUUAGAGUACCAGAAACUGAAUCAAAAGGGAGAUUACAUUCAAGUACAGCUUCUAUGAUUGUAUUACCAAAAGUUACUGAUAGCUUUCAUUUAAGUGAUAAAGAUCUGAAAUAUGAAUAUAUGAGAGCAAGUGGACCAGGUGGUUAACAUGUUAAUAAAACUGAAAGUGCUUGUAGAAUUACUCAUAUACCAUCUGGAAUAUAAGUAGUCAAUAUGGAAGAUAGAAGUUAAGAAAGAAAUAAAUAAAGAGCUUAUUAAAUUUUAAGAGAUAAAUUAUUUGCCAUUCAUGUUUAAGAAAAAUAAGAAAGAAUGGCUUAAACUAGAAAAAGUUAAGUUGCUGGAUCUGAUAGAAGUGAUAAAAUUAGAACAUAUAACUUCCCAUAAGAAAGAAUUACUGAUCAUAGAACUAAUUUAACAAUGUAUGGUAUUGAAAAAAUGCUCUCAGGAGAACUAUUAGGUGAAUUCAUACAAAAAUAUUAAGAAAAAAUACAUAAUGCUAAAUUAUAAGAUUUAUUAGAAGAUUUAUAAAAUCAAAACAAAAAAUGA